GUCAUCAUCCAGAACCUGGAGGUUCCGUCAAUUUUCUAUUCAGUCACGAUGCAGCCGACGAACGCGGUGAGCCCGUCAGGCGAAGCGGGCGCCCAGUGGGACUUCGACGGAUUUAUUUACUGUGCCUACAACAACGGCGACGGAGUUUACGAGAUUCUCGUUGACGACGUGGAUGUGCAGAGCUUGGAGGUGCCAGUCACUCUCGUCAACCCAUCACAGGAGUUGAUCGGCAUCUCCAACGACGGCCUGAACUGCAUCACCGUGGAGCCGCCAUUCACCACCACCUCGACUACCAGCACCACCACGACGGUCAUCAUCGAAGCUUGCUUCAACGACCCCUUCAACUGUACGGACACGGGUGUCUCGUAUCGGUGGCCGCUGACCAGCGACCAGCAACCAACCGAGAUUUUGAGGCUCAAUGUCGGUUUCAACAACUACUCGAUCGUUUGCAACUUCCCGGACAACGAUGGCCUUGUACUGGAGGCCUGCGGCAUCAACCCGGUCGACAGCACCAUCUACUGCACCGAGGCAUCAGGGACAUUCCGAAAUCUUGUGCGAGUCACAUGUCCAACCGAUGGAAGCCCCGGAUACAUUUGCUUCCUGGGAACCUAUCGAAACGUCAAUGCUGGAAACUUCCGUGACAAUGGAGACUAUGUCUCGGCACGCAGCAGCGGGAAUGACCUCUAUGUUUUCCCAGAUGUUGCGAGCCUCCCUGGCUUCACGCCGAAAAACAUCUCGUUGGACAUCCGAAACAUGGACAACGGGGACCUCAACAGGCGAGUGUUUGGAGACGACCUUGUCGUCGUUCGGGCAGAUAUCGGUGACGGCAGUGGGGAGACGGAGUGGACCGUGACCUGCUCGGGCACACAAGUCGUGCUGGUCGGCCUCACUAUCGCGGGCAAUCCAACGUAUACCUUGAACAUGGUUGGUGCUGCUCCGCUAACGAGCCUGGCCCCAUCGGUCUGGAGCUACCAGGGUCCCACCUCUCAGUUGGUUUACUGUGCCUACCAGCAGCAGAACAACCUCAACCAGAGAGAGGUGAUUCAGGUCUUCCCGGAAGGAUCCAACACCACGACCUUCGAAAUUCCAGCGGUCCAGAUCAUGAACCUCAACGAACGGGUGCGACGUGCGGACGAUGGCUUGAACUGUUUGAAUGCUACAAGUCCGUUUCCAGUGGGGAACAGCACGACCACGACGACCAUCGCACCCUGCUUCAGCGACCCCUUCGACUGCACGACCUAUGCAAGUGUGCCUUUGCAGAUCGUCAGCACAAGCUCAACCAACUCUCCGACGUGUGUCUCCACAAUACAGGGCCUGAAUGUCACGACCGGCCAGUACGAGCCAUUAUGCAGCACCUCUCCGGGUGAGUGCUUUCUCGCCUGCGCCAUCAGCCCUGUCGAUGGUUUGAUCUACUGCCAGACGACCUCGCUUCCCCGAUACUUGACGCGAAUGACGUGCGAUGUGCCCACAGGAAUUUUGACUCCCUGCUUUCUGGGCCGAAUUACCACCCGAAAUCGACCCGAAUUCAACACCGCGGCUUUCCGGGAGUUGCAAAACCGGUACGUCUACAUCCGGGGCACAAACAACGACCUGCGCCUGGGUUUUGCUCCCAAUAGUGGCAACAUCACGGCACUUCCUGGCUUCGUUUCACGUCCUGAUCCUCAACUUCCCUUUAUCCCUUCCAAUCGGCUCUCCAACGCGAACUUCUUCUCCGAGAACAUGGCCAUUGAAAG